AUGGUGAGGAAGCUCCUGGAGUAUUUGGGGAAGAAUCUCAACGUGAAAGAGCUCGACGAGACCAAAGAGUCACUCUUCAUGGGUUCGAUCCGAGUCAACCUCAACUACUAUCCCAUCUGCCCUAACCCGGACCUAACCGUUGGUGUAGGCCGCCACUCAGACGUUUCUUGCCUCACCAUUCUCUUACAAGACCAGAUCGGUGGCCUCCACGUGCGCUCUCUGUCGUCAGGGAACUGGGUUCACGUGCCACCGGUUCCUGGAUCUUUUGUGAUCAACAUUGGAGACGCGAUGCAGAUCUUGAGCAACGGUCGGUACAAGAGCGUGGAGCAUCGUGUCUUAGCUAACGGUAGCAACAACAGAAUCUCUGUUCCUAUCUUCGUGAAUCCGAAACCAGAGUCCGUGAUUGGUCCGCUUCCUGAGGUGACCGCAAAUGGAGAGGAACCGAUUUACAGAGACGUCGUGUACUCUGAUUACGUCAGGUAUUUCUUCAAGAAGGCACACGACGGAAAGAAAACCGUCGAUUUCGCCAAGAUAUGA